CCCCGCCAGACGGCCAGACUGCUGCGACUACUUUAUCUAGUUUCAGUCUAUCUCAACCAUCGCCGUGCUCUGAAUUCCAAACACAUGUCGAGGACGAGGAGGACCUCUUGACCGGAGUCCGGAGGUAGAGCGGCCGCUUUAAACCCGUCGCCUCCAAACUGGCCGGCGAUUCCCCACUCCCCUCCUCUCACCACUCUCGUCCUCUCAGCUCCGACUCCAGGCGGCGUCUGCGGCGGUGGACAUGGCUUGCUCCGCCCAUCUUCUCUCGCAGAGUCUGUACCCAUCCCACCUCUCCAACCCAGGCGCGUGCAAGCUCGUCCGGUUCCAGGCCCGACACACGGCGGCUUCCCCCGUCGUGAGGUUCAGCUCCAGCGCCAGGAACCGCCGGUCUCGCAGUGUAAGAGUCGCCGCGUCGGCCGAGGAAGGGAGGAGGCAAGUGGAGCUUACAUAUGACGCACAAGCCAAAUUUAACCAGCUAGCAGACCAAAUUGACAAGGAUGUUGGGAUUACAAGGCUCAACCUAUUCUCACCAUGCAAAAUUAAUGUGUUCUUGAGGAUAACUGGGAAGAGACCAGAUGGGUUCCAUGACCUGGCUUCUCUGUUUCACGUGGUUAGUUUGGGCGAUACUAUCAAAUUCUCAUUAUCGCCAAGUAAGAUCACAGACCGGUUAUCAACAAAUGUUGCUGGUGUCCCAGUUGAUGAAAGUAAUUUGAUCAUCAAGGCACUGAAUCUGUACCGCAAGAAAACUGGGACUGACAAGUUCUUUUGGAUACAUCUCGAUAAGAAGGUGCCAACUGGUGCUGGUCUUGGUGGUGGAAGCAGUAAUGCCGCAACUGCACUAUGGGCUGCAAACCAGUUUAGUGGUGGUAUUGCUUCAGAAAAGGAUCUUCAAGAGUGGUCUGGUGAGAUUGGAUCAGAUAUCCCCUUCUUCUUUUCACGAGGAGCAGCAUAUUGUACUGGUAGAGGAGAGAUUGUCCAAGAUAUUCCAAACCUGUUACCAAUUAAUCUGCCAAUGGUUCUGAUAAAGCCACCUGAAGCAUGCUCAACCGCUGAAGUUUACAAGAGACUCCGGUUAGAUCAAACUAGCCAUGCUGAUCCUUUGACUUUGCUCAAUGAAAUCACGCAAAAUGGGAUAUCACAAGAUACCUGUGUAAAUGAUCUAGAGCCUCCAGCUUUUGAGGUGUUGCGAUCGCUAAAGAAGCUGAAGAAACGAAUUAUUGCAUCUAACCGGGGAGAUUACAGUGCUGUUUUUAUGUCAGGGAGUGGGAGCACUAUUGUUGGAAUUGGUUCCCCAGAUCCGCCGGCAUUUGUGUAUGACGAUGAUGACUAUAAGGAUGUCUUUGUAUCAGAGGCUUGCUUCCUCACUCGUGAGGAGAACGAGUGGUACAGGGAGCCAAUAUCAUCCAGUGCCACGUUUAGCAAAGAAGAUUCACCGUCAGAGGUAGCACCGGUCGCUGACUGACCAAGUGAGGUCCUGUAUUUGGUCUCAAUUUUGCGGUUACAGCCUUAUACAGGACACAUGUGUGCAUUUGUUCUGAUCAAUGUUUCAGAAUGGCAGGAGAAGAACAUUACACCGUGAAGCGUAGUUUGAUAAUAAAGUUUGAUAUAAUAUAGGGAACAUUUCAGUAUAUAUCUUUUUCUCUAAAAAUAUAUCAGUACAUACCAGCAUACCACUAGCAAGCAAGCACAUUACGGAUAUAUCUGGAUUAGUUUGAUCAAA